CAGCGGCGCGCGCGGCGCAGUCCGCUCCGAACACCCGUGAGAAACGCACGCGCAAUGCCGGAACAAACGACUUUCUGGGAUGAGCUGACCAGCCCCCUGAAUAUAGUGCUGAUAGCUUUCAUAGUGUACCUCCUGUACAAGAUAGUGCAAUCCCACUUCGAGAGCAAUGCCCCCGUGAAGCCCCCACCGCCGCCGAUGCCGAAACUUAGGAAGGACAUGACAGUGGCGGAACUAAAACAGUAUGAUGGGACAAACGAGGAAGGAAGAGUGCUUCUCGCGGUCAACGGAAUCAUAUUCGAUGUGACCAGGGGAAAGAGAUUCUAUGGACCGGGUGGGCCGUACGCGGCAUUCGCGGGUAGGGACGCGACGAGGGGCCUGGCGACGGGCGAGGUGGCGGGCUCGGAGAAGGAGUACGAUGACGUCAGCGACCUGACGGCUGACGAGCUCGCCGGGACCAAGGAGUGGGAGGACCAGUUCAGAGAAAAAUACGACAUCGUUGGCAAGCUGCUGAAGCCCGGUGAGACGCCGACUGAUUACAGCAAAGAAGACGCCAAAGCAGAAGAAAAGAAGGAGCUAUAGACUAUUUAUUAUUGCGUGUUGGGUUAUGUUAUGUUUGGAAUGGUAAAAUAAACUUUUAUAGUUACUUAUU